UGUCUCAUAGCCUCAUGUCCAGAAUAAGAAGUGAUAAAAUAUUAACAGACUUUAUACAUCAUGAAUCUAAGUAAGGGUAGUGUAGACUUAAAGAGGUAAAUACUGAACUUAUAUUGGUACAUUUAAUUAUGACUUUAGAGUAUCUUAUUGCCGGACUGGGAUAAGAUAAAAGCAAUGUGAUGCAAAUAAAGGGGAUGAUUGAAUUUGUUAGGAUAUGAUUAGUCUGUAAGGAAGGGCCUGAAUCAAAAACAGCCAGACUUCUGUACAACCUGUCAAAGGGCAUUUGUCCCCUAGAUAGAAGUUUUCGUAAAUUGCCCUGAAAAUGUAAUUUUCUAGUUAUGUAUGAAUUAAGAUUAUUGUUUUGCUAGAAACACUAUAGUCAUAUGAGACUGAAUGUUCUGUGUUUUAAGAGCAAUGCUGUUUGCUAUCAGCUGCCAGUCAGAUGAUGAUUCAGCAGAUCCAGGACAUAAAGCCAGAUCUAGCAGAGAGCCAUAAGGCAACUGAAGUCUUGUGAUUUCAUUCUUAAUUGCCUUGAACAGUUGGAUUUGAUUGCCCUUUUAUCAUCUGCAAGUUCUGAAUGGCCAUAAAAUGUACUAUAUGGUAAAUGAAAUGGGUCUUGAAAGUUAAUGAGUCUGGAUAAGUCGCAUCAAUGUGGAAGCAUCGGCUUCAUACGUUUUAGGGACAGAUCUCUGGUACACUCAAGAAUAAACAAAAUCCCUACCAGAAUUGCUGCAUUUCAUAAUGAAGAAAAUUAGUCUCAAGACCAUUCGUAAAUCUUUUAACUUAAAUAAAAGCAAAGAUGACAGUGACUUUGUUGUGGUUGCACAGCCAUCAUUAAAUGAUUUUGGAAAAGAUGACUCCUUGUUUGCUAGCUGUUAUAGUAAAGAUUUGGCUACCUGUGACAUCAACGGCGAAGAUGAGAAAGGUGGCAAAAACAGAUCAAAGAGCGAAAGCUUAAUGGGUACAUUAAAAAGACGACUUUCUGCAAAACAGAAGCAAAAAGGUGGAAAGGGCAGCACGCCAUCCGUGAGCUCUGCUGAUGAAGAUACCUUUUCUUCUUCUUCUGCUCCAAUAACUUUCAAAGAUGUAAGAGCUCAAAGACCUCUUCGGUCCACAUCCCUCCGAAACCACCAUUAUAGUCCAACACCAUGGCCCCUUCGGCCAACAAACUCAGAAGAAACAUGUAUAAAAAUGGAAGUGAAAGUAAAGGCCUUGGUCCACUCUACAAACCCAAGCCCUGCACUGAAUGGUGUGCGCAAAGAUUUCCAUGACUUGCAGCCAGACAGCAGGUUCCAUGAACAAAACAGUGCAUUCAAAAGUGCAGAAUCUCAGAAUGGAGAUUUGCAUCUUCAUAUUGAUGAACACGUGCCUGUAGUUAUUGGACUUAUGCCUCAGGACUACAUUCAGUACACUGUGCCUUUAGAUGAGGGAAUGUAUCCUUUGGAAGGAUCACGUAGUUACUGUCUGGAUAGUUCCUCACCCAUGGAGAUCUCAACUGUUUCUUCUCAAAUGGGUAGUAGUACAUUUCAUGAAGAAGAGGUUUCAGUGAAUCAAGACGUAGUAGUUGCUCCGGAUAUCUUUGUGGACCAAGCAGUAAACGGUUUAUUGAUUGGUACAACAGGAAUCAUGUUGCAAAGUCCAAGAGUUAAUGAUGUUCCCCCACUCUCGCCAUUGCUACCUCCAAUACAGAAUAAUCAAAUCCAAAGGAACUUUAACAGCCUGAAUGGCACAGAUGUCCAUGUGGCUGAAAGUAUGCGCUGCCAUUUGAAUUUUGAUCCUAACUCUGCACCAGGAGUUGCAAGAGUCUACGAUUCUGUACAAAAUAGUGGCCCGAUGGUUGUAACAAGUCUCACAGAGGAACUUAAAAAACUGGCAAAACAAGGAUGGUACUGGGGCCCGAUCACACGAUGGGAAGCAGAGGGGAAAUUAGCUAAUGUUCCCGACGGUUCAUUUCUUGUGCGAGACAGCUCUGAUGACCGUUACCUUUUAAGUCUGAGUUUCCGUUCUCAUGGUAAAACACUUCAUACUAGAAUUGAGCAUUCAAAUGGUAGGUUUAGCUUUUAUGAACAACCUGAUGUGGAAGGACAUACUUCUAUAGUUGAUCUAAUUGAACACUCGAUUAGGGACUCUGAAAAUGGUGCAUUUUGCUAUUCGAGAUCUCGAUUACCUGGAUCUACAACUUACCCAGUGAGACUAACCAAUCCAGUAUCUCGUUUCAUGCAAGUGCGUUCCUUGCAGUACCUGUGUCGCUUUGUUAUACGUCAGUAUACCAGAAUAGAUCUGAUUCAGAAACUGCCUUUGCCAAACAAAAUGAAGGAUUAUUUACAAGAAAAGCACUACUGAAGGCUUAUGGGAAACUUGCAGUUUGCACUUUGGGAAUAACAACAACAACAACAACAAAAAAGAGUGGUUGAUACACAGUUUACAAACUUAAUUAUUACUAGGGUUUUUUUGCUGCCAUAAUUUCAUUUUUGUGCAUAAAGAAGAGUAAUGCAUUUUGAGUUUAAUGGAUAUUUGGGGGUUUUCUUUUUUUAAAAAGAUAAAGGGUUUUUUAGAAGAGUAAAAUAACUAUCUUUCAUUCAGUGUGCAAAAUAAUCGCAAUGUGAAUGAUAAAUAUUGUCCUUAAACUCCCCAUCUCCUUUGCUGCUAAUCCACUGUGAUUUUUAUGCAUUUGAAGCACAUUUCAUGUGUUUUCAACCAUAAGUAAAAAAUUGAAACUUGAUGGGAUAUACUUUGUCGUUUUCAAAUAGUCUGGGAUUAUUAUUUUUUUUGUUCUUAAUUUAAAAAAAAGUUUGGGGUAAAAUAUACUGGUGUACCGAACUUGGAUACAUGCUUAAAACAAUUCCCUAAUAUCUAAUUAAAAACAUAUAACUGUGGGUUGGAGGCAAUAUGUGAUCCAAUACAGUUAUGCAUCAUACAUUUUGAAAGCUUCCUUUCUCCUAAGCAGUUCCAUUAUUGCAAAUGUUGCUUUGUUUCUUUUGUUCAUUCUUAAGCAUUUUUAAAUUUGAAAAUAGCCUUUGAAAAAUAUCUGUAAAAUGAAUACUGGAAGUCAUUAAUAAUAUUCAAGCAAAAAGCUAAAUAUACUUAAAACAUUUAAAAAAUUUUGAAGGGAUUAUAGAAAUCUGAUUUAAAUAAAACUAUUCAGGUAAUUUCAGAACUGUGAGAUUUGUCUCAACUGAAAUUUUUAAAAAUUAUGUAGCAUUGAAUUUAAAAAUUCAGGUAGUCCUCAACUUACAACCAUUUGUUAAGCAGCCAUUUGAAGUUAUGACCCUGAAAAUCCUGACUUACAACUGGUCCUUGAAGUUAGGACCACUAUAGCAUCCCCAUGGUUACAUGAUCAAAAUUUGGUUGCUUGUCAUGUAUUCACGACAGUUGGCGCACCCUGGGGUCAUGUGAUCACCAUUUGGGACCCACCCAGCUAGCUUGACAAGCAAAGUCAUGGGGGAAGCCAGAUUCAAUUAAUGACCACAUGGUUCACUUAACUGCAGUGAUUCUCUUAAUAACCGUUGCAAAAAAGAUAAUGAGAUUGGGCGGAACCACAACCUCACUUAGUAACAGAAAUUCUGAUUCCAAUUGUUGUCAAUUGAGGACUACCUGUAUCCUGUAAUUACUACAGCAAUUGGACCUUAAAUAGCUCAUCUUAACGGGAAUUUAAAUUCCAUUAAUUUCCUUGGAUGAGAUAACCACAUGUAUAAUCUUUUCCCAUGGAAAAUGAUGAGAUUAUGAAGUACUUAACCUUGAAAGAAUAUGGCCUCAGUUUUAAAUGCGCUUUCCUUUAUUGUUCGGCAUUAAUUUGCCAUCAUUAUAAUUUAGUUUAAUUGGCAAGUGAAGAGAACCUAAAUUAACCCCCAAAUAUUAUUCUUUAAAUAAAAAUGCACAUUUUAAAAUUAAAGACAGUGACAUUAAAUAGCAAAAUAGUCACCAUAGGAAAUAUUCAAGUGCAUUACCACUUUCAUUUCUACAAAUUCUUAUUUGAAAAAAAGGAAAAUCCAUACAAUUUUGGAUACUUGUAAUGGGAUAAUCUGUCAGGAACAACAGGAUUUCCAUAGCCUCCGUAUAUUGUUUUCUCUCACUUUAGUGGGGCCUGCAUAGGAGAAAUUCCCAAUGAAUUCGAAGGCCUAUAAAUGAGACUGUUUUACAGCCUGGACCCAGUCUUGACAAACACCUUCACCUCUUUUGAUGAAAAAUUGGGGAAAGUUGAUGUUAAUUGGCUCCAUUGCCUUCAGUAGGCUUUAAGUCUGAUGGUGUUGUUUUGUGUACGUUUUUGUAGGAAAAAAAUGCCAAUAGGUUUAUAAAGAAAUUACAGCCUAACUGUUUAAAAAUAUUUGUGGUCAAAAGACUAUUUCUGCAAGUUGUUCCAUGAUGAACAUUAUACUGUGGAAGCAAAGUAUUCUUAUGUUUAUAAGAGUUUCUGUGAACCAAAAUCUUAACAAAUAGGAAACUGUAUUCUGAAAUUUCUGAAUAAAAUCAUGCAAUUUGA